CCAUUCCUUCUCUCCAGAGAUGCUGCCUGUCCCGCUGAGUGACUCCAGCAUUUUGAGUUUACCUUCAGUUGAAACUAAUACGAUGGUCGUCUUGUGCUUUGUUUAAACAGGCCGACAGUCCCGCGGAGAUGGACAGCUGGAUAAAGGCAGUCAACCAGGCGAUUAAGCUACAGAAGGUUCCAAGCAAUGCCACAGUGGUCCCGGCUCCAGGAUCCUUCACCGGCAGGACCGUCCCGGCGAUGACGGCCGACCCAGCCGCCCCACCGGCCCCGGCUUCUGCCGACGAGAAACGGCCCCUGGCCAAGUCGUCCUCCGUGGUGCCGUCGUGGCAGCCCUGGACCCCGGUGCCAACCACCACCACCACCACCACCAAGCCGCCCGGCACCAGCACACCGGCGGAGGAAGCCGGAGGGCACCACGACCACCCGCAGUCCCCCACCACGCCGCCGGCCCGCGUGAACGGGCAAGACCAGCGGCGCAGACACCGCUCCCAGCCCGCGCCGCACAAAGAACGCCACUUCGAUUACAAGCUGGACGAUGACGGGAUUCGAACCACCGACGUCUAGCCGAUAUCCUCCUGCGGUUCGCCAUCCUUAGCUUUCACCGCCCAGGCAUGGGGUGCCUCUUGUACAUAGCUUAGCCCGGCUGGCAUCGCUGUGCCCGCUGGUGUUUGGAUGAACUGUGACAGUGCGUUGGAGAGAACAGCUGAGAGAAGGCUGGACAACAAACCUCUGUAUUGGACUUCAUAUUCUCACAGCGGCUUGAGUUAUUGCACAGACCUGUUUACUUGUGUUUACCACCUGAUGUUUCGGGGGGUGUGUGUGUGGGGGGGGGAAAUGCCCUCGCACCACCUUACCGAAUCAACGAGUCCCUUUGAUGCAUUGUUGAAAGGAAUGUAUUAAAGCUGGAUCCAUUUUAAAAAUCUCCUAUGUGUAGCAAAUUCCUGCAGACUUCUGUUCAGUGGUCUUGGUUUAGCAUUACGAGAAUUAUCCCGGGGGUGGUUGGGCACGUUUUGAAGGCACUGGGCCUGUACUCGCUGGAGUUUAGAAGGAUGGGAUGCAAAUACAUUGAAGCUCACCGAAUAAUGAAAUUCCUGGAUAGAGUGGAAAUGGGGAGGAUGUUUCCAGCAGCGGGAGAAAAAAACCCAGAGGGCGCAGACUCAGAAUAAAAGGACGGACCUUCAAAUUGGAGAUGAGGAGGAAUUUCUUUAGUCAGAAGGUGGUGAGUCUGUGGAAUUCAUUGCCACAGAAGGCUGUGGAGGCCAAGACAUUGGGUGUUUUUAAGGCAGAGAUUUGACAUGUUCUUGAUUAUAAGGGCAUCAAAUG